UUUUUUUUCCUUUCACUUUAUCUUUACUUUUUUUUCUUUUUCCUUCUUCUUCUUCUUCUGAUAUCCAUAUGUCUCCUAUCAUGUUUUUUCCUGCUACAUGUGAACUUUGUGGUCAUUGGAUUCCUCAGCAUGCUGGGAGUUGUCCACGUAAUGGGGUUCAUCCAUCACAAUGGUCAAUUAUAUCUUCCUGUUCAUUAUUAUCGUCUUCCAUAAAAGAAGAACAAUAUCAUCAAGAGAAUCAUCUAUUUUCAUUUGUUUGUCCAGAUCAUGAGACAAUCAUGGAUGAUGACCAAAAAAUAGAUGUCACUAUCGACAUGAUGACUUUUUAAAAUAAUCAUUCAACCUCAAGUAUCUAUUUUAUUUCUAUUUUGGUCAUCUAGUUCCUUCCCUUAUUAUUACCUUUAUUAGAAAAAAUAAACAAAUUCAAUCCAUCAAAUAAGAAUAAAUAAAAGUCCAUUGUUUCUCG